UGGAUUUCUGACUUUCUUGUACAUUUAAAUGUGUACCAUGUGAUUAAUUGUUUAUGAUUCAUCGGUGGUGAAAGAUUUUAUAUACUUUGAAAUGAAUGCUGUGAUUGCAAUCUGCAAUUUCUGCGAGUUGCAUGGGCCUAGUGUUCUUUUUUGCACGCAAGCUUUCCAUGACAACGAAGAGACUCAAUGGGCUCAAGUGACUGACACGGACAGCUUCAAAUCAGAUGCAACGCCCAAAUCCUGGUAUGGUCCUUCUUUUUUCUCCCAGAGAGCGUCUGGUACUGAUUCCCCUGUGCCACCUCUGAAAUCGGAUACUUGUGAGGGUUGUACUUCAAUGACAAGUAAAAAGCGAGGUUUUAUUAGUAAUGACCAUGAAGCCCGAGUGAGUUAUGUGAGCAGUCAGUACCCAUUACAUCCUGAUGUAUUUAGUGCUGUGAGGCAAGCGUGUGUUCGUAGUCUCAGUUGUGAAGUAUGUCCUGGAAGGGAAGGUCCCAUAUUCUACGGAGAUGAUCACAGAGGCCAUGUUUUAAGUCAUACAUUCUUUCUGAAAGACAGUCAAGCCAGAGGGUUUCAGAGUUGGUACAGUAUCAUCAUAGUCAUGCGAGACAAAAUUAUGCUUUUGAAUUCCUGGCAUUUUCUUAUUGACAGUAUGCGAAGGAUCAUUCAUGAGUUGCAGGAAAAGGCCAUCAAAGUUUACUCCUCUGAACAAUCUGAAGCCAAUCUCAGGGCUGUUCGCUUGAACAGCGUGACCAGAAUGACAAUCGACACUUUUCGUAGAAGGCGGGGCAAUAUCAAAGCAAGGUCCUUGAUUGAUUUAACAAGUGACAAAGAAAUAUUUAAAUACCUUCACUUGGGCUUCACCUGGAUUUUACGGGUCGGUGCUAUGAGAAUAAGCGAAAGACUUGUUGAAAGCUUUCCCAAUGAAGAUACUUUUAUAGACUUAGAAAGACAAGAAGAGACUGAUGAAGGUUUUAUUAAAAUACAUUUGACUAAGUCUGGAGAACAAAACACUCUGAACAAAGAACUAUGUGAUAAACUAAAUAAUACUCAUAUUUCUGAAUGGGCAAAUGGUGACGAAUCUAUUUAUUUUGCUUCUCUCCGGGAAGUUUACCAGAUCCUCGGGAAAGAAAAAUUCCAUUGCCUUGCUUACCAUACAAUUAUUGGAAACCAAAUAAUUAUAAAAUCCAAUUAUUUACAUCUGAUGAAAUCAAUGAUUACUUGCUUAAAGGAUUUGCUUCCUCAAGGUUGCUAUCAUCCAAUACACUACUCAGCUACUUAUGAAGAUUCCUGGAAAUGUAAUUUUCUCGGUAUUUCACUAAAUACAGAAAUACCUGAUCAUGUAACUUCUUCUGAGUUGCACAUUCAGGUCAAAAUAAUGAGCAAAAAUGAAGAACCAGCUAAUAGCCUUGAAGAUUUUGAUAUUAGGUUCUACACUACUGCUACUCUCCCUGAAAAAACUCCACAGGUACUAUGUGAUAUGGAAAGAGCAAUCGCUGAUGCUUCUUUUUCGUCUACUGCUCUUGAUAGCUUCUUGUUCAGCACAAAAGAGAUAUGGAUGAACAAAGUGAAAGUUCUCUUCGCCUUUUCUCGUGGUGGACAGCAUGGACCAGAUGAGACAAACAAAUUAUUGACAGUUCUUGGAGCACAGGAACAUGAUAAACUGGUUCUGAAGUUUUGGAUGACAGGCUUGAGUACCCAGUAUAAAACAAGAAUCUUAUCAUCAUCUGUACAACAAGGUAUACAUGGGAAUACAAGAAACAAGUGAUGAACAUUGCUCAUGGUUCAACAGAAAGGAUUUUAACUAGAGUUCUAAUAAAGAACACUGCCUCAAACAGUUUGCAUCUCAUUGCAAUUUUUCAUUUUUUAAUUAAAAGGUUUAUAAGUACUUGUAUUUAAAAUAAUUUUCGAAUGUGUUGCCACUUGCUUUUACCUUAUGGAGUAAUGAUUGAAAUCUAUUUUUGAAAUGUAUGUAUAGAGAUAAAUUAUAUAUAUCCCCAUAUUUAUAUAAGUCCAUAACAAAUAUACAUUAUUCAUAAAAGUUUGUACAAAAGCAUGUUACUUUAUGUUCUGUUAAAAUAUUGUCCAAUUACAUUUUUUUUAAAAAUAUGUUAUACAUAUAUUUCUUUUCUUUUUGUGGUGAAAAAUAUUGUAGCAAAAUUGUUGUUAAAAAGUAGAAAUUGGCAUAUCACAAAUCAUAGCUUAUAUACUACUAAGAUCACACUAAGUUUUUUUUUUUUAGCUUCAUUAUUGUAAGCUCACACAGUAACUGCUACAGGGGCGAAAGCUGAAAAAAUUCUACUCAAGACUGAAAUGUUUCUAAUAAAAAAGGCACAUAUCCCAAAAUCUAUUUUAAAGUUCAAGUAAACAAAGGAUAUCUUUAUACUUGAGUUAUUAAGAUUGCUAAGAAAUAAAAUAAAUUAUUUUGUUAAAUUUAAGAAUAAUCUACUGUUCAUCAUAAAGUGAGUAGCAGUUUUCUCUUGCGAAUUAACUAGAAAAGUUAGUUUAUCUGAAUUCUGAGAUAUAGUUCAUUCACAGAUAAUUUGGCACUUAUUAAAAUUUAUCUUGUUCUGUCUUACUCUGUUUCAAAACAACUUUUAGCACUAGAAUUGCGGAAGGGGUCAUUUUGACCCCAAGCAAAUUUCUUUUUGCUAACUGAUUCCUAUGUAUUUUCAUAAAAAGCUUAAUACUUCCUUGACUUUUCCAAAAUCUUCAUGCUGUGUAAUAGUAUACAGUUUUCAAGAAAAUGGUAUUUUUUUUUAAAUUCUCAACUAAAGAGUUAUAUUUAAUAGUGUUGGUAGUUGUCAUUUUGACCACUUUUAAGGAAAAAACAUACUUAUUGAUGCUGAAACAGAGCAGAAACUCAAAACUUCCUGUUGGAGCACUAUAUUUUAGUCAACUCUCCAUAACUUGAACUCCAAAGGGAGCGGCUAAAACGUUCGAGUUAUGGGAAGUUUCCACAACAAUUUCAAGAGUUUGAGACUUGAUGAAAACUUCGAGAUAAAGAAAUAUUCGAGAAUAAACUAAAUUCGAGUUAUAGUUAUCAAGAUUCGACUGUAUGUUGCUAACUAUGCAAAUUCCUUUCGAGAGGGUCAAAAUGACCCGCACCGUAAUAUUAGGUAUACAAAGACUGCCAUAAUUCUAGAGUUGAAAGGACUGAAAUCCAUCAAAAGAAAGAUUUGUCUUUCAUCAAUCCUCCAGAAGUUGGAUUUGCUUAUCUGUAGAUUCUGUCAAGGUUAUAUGUGCUCUAAACUGAAACAUAGUAAAAUUAUCAAUAUGGCAAACUCAUUUUUUUUCUGCUUUAUGCAUUUAUAUUUAUCAUUUUCAAUCCACUGGUAGUUGUAGGUCUUCUCUUGCUUAAUGUCUGCUGCUUUUUGUCUCUAUUGCUAGUAACUAAAACACUCAGAAAUGUGUUGAUAGAAAAUAUCAUCAAUGGGUCAUGCAAUACCCAUGCUAAAUGAAAUUAAAAUUCUAAAAAUGCCUUGUCUGCUUUGUAAAAAUAAAUUCAAAUUCUAAUAUAAAAACUUUUAUUUCAUAGAUUAAUAUGUUUUCUUAGUAAUUUAAUAUAUCUAUGAAUUAAGUUUGUCAGGGUUUAUAUUUUUUAUAUAGAGGCACAACCCCUUUAGGAGCACCUUUAAUUUAAUCACCAAAAAGAAGUGCCUAAAAAGGUAGUUUUAUGGUUUUUCUUUUCUACUGGAAUGUAAAUCUUAUAUAAAAAAUUUGAUACAAUAAUUAUUUAUUAUGUAAAUAUUUCUUACAUGCUGCAUUAGUGAAUGUUUUAUGUGUAAA